ACAACCGAAACACCUUGGCGUUACGCCGCCGAUUGCAGUAACCUAUCCUACACCCAGAGAAAUUGAAGUCACAGAUUUACUGGUUCAAGAGCUUACAGCACAGGGAACGUUCGAGAGCGAAGAAGAAAGCAAACGGCGUGAAGUCGUUUUAGGCAAACUUGAUAAACUUGUAAAAGAAUUUGUUUACAAUAUUAGUCGGGAAAAAAAAAACCUUCCAGAAGCUGAUGCCAGAGAAGCCGGGGGGAAAAUCUUCACUUUCGGCUCAUACAGGCUAGGAGUUCAUGGAGCUGGUACUGAUAUUGAUACACUCUGUGUUGUUCCUAGACAUGUAACUCGGGAAGAUUUCUUUACCGAUAUGCACAAAUCCCUUAGCAACCUUGCUGAAGUAAACGAGCUAACUUGUGUUACCGAUGCUUAUGUUCCUGUUAUAAAAUUAAAAUUUCAAGAUAUUCCAAUUGACCUUAUCUUUGCAAGAUUAGAGCUUCCUAAAGUUCCCGACGAGCUUGAACUUAGGGAGAAUAGUCUUCUAAAAAACUUAGAGGAGACAUGUAUCAGAAGCCUAAACGGAUCGCGAGUAACGGAUGAAAUAUUACGCCUUGUUCCAAGUAUACCAGCUUUCCGCACAUCUUUACGGUGUAUAAAGCUUUGGGCUAAAAGACGUGCCAUAUAUUCUAAUGUAAUGGGAUUUUUUGGAGGAGUUGCAUGGGCAAUGUUGGUGGCCCGAAUCUGUCAACUAUACCCAAAUGCCAUAGCUGGUGCGAUCGUUUCACGAUUUUUCCGAAUUAUGCAUCAAUGGAAAUGGCCUCAACCGGUGUUGUUAAAGCCAAUUGAAGAUGGACCUCUUCAAGUCAGAGUAUGGAAUCCAAAGAUAUAUCAUGGCGAUCGGUUUCACUUGAUGCCAAUAAUUACACCCGCUUACCCUUCAAUGUGCGCUACACAUAAUGUCACACAAUCUACUAAAAAAAUAAUAGAAAGAGAAUUCGGACGAGCUGCUGAGAUCGCGGAUCAUGUAAUGAUUGGUACAGGAAAAUGGGCAGACCUUUUUGAAAAACAUGACUUUUUUAUAAGAUACCGAUAUUAUUUGCAAAUUAUAGCCUCUUCCGAUUCUUCUGAGAGACAAUUGAAAUGGUCGGGUAUGGUAGAAUCGAGAAUCCGUCAUCUAGUAUCAAAACUGGAAAGUGUAGAGAAUCUUGCAUUGGCACAUCCUUUUGUAAAAGGGUUUGAUAAAAUUUAUCAUUGUACAAGUGACCAAAUGGCAACUGAUGUGAUGCACGGAAUUUUUGAUUCAACGUCAACCAGUGAUAAAAAUAGCUCGGAAUUAUCACAAAAUGGUACAGAAACGGCUACUGUUCGUGAUAUAUAUACUACUACCUUCUACGUUGGAUUAGAUAUUAAUCCUAGAGAUCCUGGCACAAAAUCACCAAGACAAUUAAAUAUUUCAUGGCCGACUCAAGAAUUCAUAAAAUUGGUAAAAUUUUGGGACAAAUAUGACGAAAAAUCUAUGGGUAUUCAUAUCAAACACGUGAAAAGUUCGGAAUUACCUCCUGAAGUAUUUGAAGAUGGCCAGAAGAAACAAGAUUUCUCAUCAAAGAAACGAAAACGUACCGGACUUACUGAGAAGGACCCAAAUGCUAAGAAACUUAAAACCUCUGGACAGAAAGGAGUUUCUAAUGAUAGAACGUCCAAUAUAUCCUCAAACAUAUGUUGCUGA